CCAACAGACCAUAGACUUGAAAAUGACUUGCAAGGCUGAGAUUCUUGCCGUAAAUGGGGGGCAAUUUGUUUGACUGAUAGCUCAAAACUUAGUGGCGGGUGCUUGUGAUAGCUCAUCAUCUAUGUGAGUCAAUGGUCUGGGUUAUCUUGAUCUCGCUAAUUCAGGAAACAAUACAAGUUCAUUUAUGUCUUUCAUGUAAAUCAGGUUCUUGAUUUAUCCUUGUUAAUUUUUGCCUUGGUUUUCUCUGUAGUGUGAAGAGGGAGACCAGAUGUUUUAGCUCUAUUCGACAUAUCUGAUGAAAGCCUCUCAUCAGUUCCGGUUGAUGGCUUCUUCUUCCAACAUUCCAGAAGUAAAGUAUGAUGUUUUCCUUAGUUUUAGAGGUGUGGACACCCGGAAUAAUUUCACAAGCCAUCUCGCUGCAGCUUUGUGUCGUAAAAAAAUUCGAGCUUUCAUUGAUUACGAAUUCGACAGAGGAGAAGAAAUUUCACCAUCUCUAUUGAAGGCAAUUGAACAGUCAAAGAUUUCCGUUAUCAUUUUGUCUGAAAAUUAUGCCUCUUCCAGAUGGUGUUUAGAAGAACUUGCAAAGAUCCUUGACUGCAAACAAAUGUUUCGACAGAUGGUAAUACCAAUUUUCUAUCACGUUGAUCCAUCACAUGUAAGGAAUCAAACUGGAGCUUUUGGGGAUGCGUUUGUCGACCUCGAAAAGCGUUUUGAGGAGAGCUUAGAUGUGCUACAGAGAUGGAAGACUGCUUUGAAGGAAGUAGCUAAUCUCUCUGGAUGGACUGCAGAUAGCAAAAAGUGUGAAUCUGAACUUAUAGAAGAAACUAUUAUGGAUAUAUUAAAGAGACUAAACAAAAUAUCUCUAAGUGAUUAUAGUGACUUAAUUGGAGUAGAAUUUGCCAUCAAAGAAAUUGAGUCUUUGUUGAAAAUUGGUUCCAAUGAUGUUUGUAUUGUGGGGAUUUGGGGCCUUGGCGGAAUAGGCAAGACAUCUAUUAGUCGUGCAAUAUUCAACAAAUAUUUGAGCUAUUUUGAAGGUUCUUUCUUCGCUGAAAAUGUUAGGGAAGAAUCAGAUAAUCACAGGAGACUAACUGUCUUGCAUCAAGAACUUCUUUUCAAAAUAUUAGAGGAUAGAUAUGCCAAUAUAGGACUCACCCUCACAAAAGAAAGACUUGUCCAUAAGAAGGUUCUCAUUGUUUUUGAUGAUGUGACUUCUUUAAACCAAAUAGAAAAUUUAAUUGGAGAUCCCAAAUGUUUUGGUUUAGGAAGUCGAAUUAUUAUAACAUCACGAGAUAAACAAGUUCUUAAUAAUUGUGGGGCAGAUAAGAUAUACAAGCUUGAGGAAUUAGUUGAUUAUGAAGCUCUUCAGCUUUUCAACCAUUUUGCCUUCAAACAUAAUCGAUAUACAAUUAAAGAGUACAAGGAGCUAUCAAAAAAGAUAGUAACAUAUGCUAAAGGUGUCCCAUUAACUCUUAAAGUUUUAGGCUCUUCUCUAUCAGGAAAGACAAAGCAAGAAUGGGAAAGUGCAGUGAAUAAAUUAGAAAGAAGUCCUCCUAAGGAUAUCCAAGAUGUGUUGAAAAUAAGCUUCGACAGAUUAGAUUAUGAAGAGAAGGAAUUAUUCUUAGAUAUUGCAUGCAUCUUUAAGGGGGAUAAUAGAAAUCUUGUAAUAAGUGUCAUGGAUUCUUGUGGCUGCUCCAUAGAGAUUGGGUUAAGUGUUCUCAUUGAUAAGUCCCUUGUUAUUGUAUCAAAUCAUAAGAUAACAAUGCAUGAUUUGCUUGAAGAAAUGGGUAAAGAAAUUGUUCGACAAGAAUCUGUUGAAAAUCCUGGUAAACGCAGUCGUUUAUUUCACCAUAAAGAUAUAUAUCAUGUUUUGACAAGAAAUAAGGGGACUAAAGCAAUUAAAGGCAUACGUCUAGAUGUGUCUCAAGUAGGAGAAAUACACUUAACUCCUCACGCUUUUUCAAAGAUGUCAAACCUAAAAUAUCUCAAAGUCUAUAGCUCGCACUGUGGAGAAGAUUUUAAUAAGUUGUAUGGAUUUCAAGAUGUGGAAUCUGUGUUCGCUGAGCUAAAGUACCUCUUUUGGCCUAGAUAUGCAUGGACAACAUUGCCUUCGAAAUUCCAUCCAGAGAACCUUGUUGCACUUGAGAUGCCUGAAAGCAACAUUGAGCAACUUUGGCCUGGGGUCCAGGUAUUUAUAUGUUAUUAUUUUGACGAAAUUAAGGCAUGUUGUGAAUUCAAGAUAACAUAUGUGCUAAUUUCUAUGGUAAAUCUAAUUUGUUUAAUUUCUUUUUCAUUACAGAAUAUUGUAAAUUUAAAAUGUAUUAACCUCAGCUAUUCCGAGCAUUUACUCGAAUGUCCUGACCUUUCAUUGGCCAAAAAUCUUGUGACUCUAAAUUUAAAUGGUUGUACAAGUUUGAUUGAGAUUCAUUCAUCUAUUCAGUAUCUCAAGAAGCUUUCUACCUUAGAUUUGACAAAUUGCACAAGUCUUUACAGUAUUCCAUCAGGAAUUUAUUCAAAAUCUUUGCGAGAAGUUUUUUUCACUGGCUGCUCAAAUUUGGAUACGGUGCCAAGUCUGUCAUGUAAUGUUGAAAAGUUAAGCUUAGAUGGAACUGCAAUUAGAGAAUUGUCUUCAUCAAUCGAGAAUUUAUCUAAGUUAGUAACUUUGAAUCUUCAUGGUUGUACAAGGCUUGAGAAUCUUCCUAACGACAUUGAUAAGUUGAAGUCUCUUAAACAUCUUAUUCUUGACGGUUGCUCAAGGCUUGAGAGUCUUCCUAGUGGCAUUGGUGAGUUGAAGUCUCUUGGAUAUCUAACUCUUAACGAUUGCUCAAGGCUUGAGAGUCUUCCUAGCAGCAUUAGCAAGUUGAAGUCUCUUGGAUAUCUGACUCUUUACAGUUGCUCAAGGCUUGAGAAUCUGCCAAGCAGUAUUUUUUGUUUGAAUGCUCUUGAAGAUAUCGAUCUCUCUGGUUGCUCAAGUCUUAAGAUAGUUUCAAGCUUCCCAUGUAAUAUUAAGAGUUUAUCUUUACGUGGUAGUGGGAUACAAGAGCUACCCUCAUCAAUUCAGUAUCUAUCCAAACUAAAGACAUUGGAUCUUACAAAUUGUUGGAGCCUUGAGAGUCUUUCGAGCAGCAUUGGUAAGCUGAAGUCUCUUAUACAUCUUGAUCUCUCUGGUUGUUUGAAACUUAACAGUUUGCCUGAUGAGAUAGGAAAUUUAGAAGCUUUGAUUCACCUUGAUGUUGGAGGUACUGGUAUAAGGGAAAUACCACCAUCCAUAGUAUGUUUGAAUACCCUUGAUUGGUUAUCUUUUGAGGGAUGUAAGGGUGAGGAACACGUGGGUUUGAUAUUGCCUUCUUUAUCAGGAUUACAACGACUCGAGUAUCUAAAUCUAUCUGAUUGUUGUAUCAUUGAGUUACCCAGCAGUCUUGACCAAUUAACCUCACUACGAGAAUUAUAUAUUGGUAGAAACAAAUUUGAGAGCAUACCAGCAAGCAUCAUAAAACUUUCUAAUUUGUUAUUCCUUGAUUUGUGCUACUGUGAUGUGCUUAAAUCCUUACCAGAGCUUCCAUCGAGCAUAGCAUGUAUAAAAGCACAGAAUUGUAAAUCACUUGAAUUGUUAUCUGGUUUAUCGUCAACUACAUGGAGGCUUAACACAGUUAAUUUCAUCAAUUGUUUAAAACUGGACCAGAGUGCCCUUGAAGACAUUGCGAAACCUGCUCUACAAAAUAUUCAGUGUAGAAAAUUUGAAUUAACUCUUUGCCAGCACUUUCCAAAGCGCUAUAUAUGUUUUCCUGGAAGUUCAAUUCCAGAGUGGUUUGCCUUCCGAAGUAAGGGAUCAUUUAUAGAGCUACCACCAGGCUGUUUGAAUGACGAGGUAGUGGAUUUUUCUUUUUGCAUUGUUAUAUCACUCCGAGACGAUCAUGAUCCGCCCGAAGAGUUGAGAGUUGACUGUGAGGUGCAGUAUGAGGAAAGGGCCAAAACGUAUUGGAAAUUUUGGCCUAUUCGGUCGUCUAUUGACUCAGGCCACAUAUUCUUGGGAUGCACGGAUUUUUUGUGUUCGUCCACUUGGUUUUCUAUCAAUAGUGAAGUUUUGUUUCAAUUCUAUAUUAAAGAUAUGAAAGGUAGACGUCUUGAAUGUUAUGAGGUGAAAGAGUGUGGCAUCCUGUUCUACACCCUAGCAGCGUUCCUAGAACAACAAUACGAUUUUCAUAGAAUAAAUACAAUUAAUUAGACACACUUCGUAUCGUAUCUGAAACAUGUUAUUGGUGAAAUUGAAAUUGAUAUGCAUGUAAUUGAAGGCAAAAGCAUGUACAAAAUAAUUUGCUGUGAAUUAAUUUUA